AUGAUCGUCAAGGUCAAGACUCUUACCGGUAAGGAGGUCGACAUCGACGUCCAACCCGAUAUGAUUAUUAGCAAAGUCAAGGACCGAGUCGAAGAGAAAGCUGGUAUCCCCCCUGUCCAACAACGACUGAUUUUCGGUGGAAAAGCCAUGAACGAUGAGAAGGCUAUCCAGGACUACAAGAUUCAGGCUGGUGCUGUCAUCCACUUGGUCCUUGCCUUGCGAGGUGGACGGGCGUAG